GAUUGUAGAAGUUCAAUCAUCGAAUGACAUUUAUCAAUAUUACAAAAUUUGAUUCUGUUAUUAAAAUUAGAUUUAUAAAAAUUGUAUAUUACGAAUUUAUUCUUGUUCAUUUUAAGUAGUUCUCAAUAAACACAAACAAAAUUGAGUGCUGUGGAUAAGUAAAACGAGAGCAACGUUGACAGUUCCGUUUGUUUAUUGGUUAACAUCCGCCAUUUUGUACUGUCGUUUGUUUAGUGACUCUUUAGUGGCCUGUCUAGUGAUGAUCUACAUUUCUACGGCAAUUAUAUAUUGUGACUUCGUAUGUGGUGAACAAUGUUUUUAUUAGAAACGUUGUUUUCGGGUUCAGAUUAAUUUUGUGCUACUUGUCAACCUGACAUCAGUUUAACUGUACGCAUUGCCGGAUGUGUCCUACAAUCGGUUAGGGCUAUCUAACGUGCCACCUCGAGGGGUGUACGUGUUGCGAGACCUAUGCUGCCGAGAAUAUGAGUGGCAACGGCAAUCAGGUGCCCCUGGCACCGAGUCAACGAGGGCCCGGACCUUAUCCACGGGCGUCGACACCACACAGACCGGAAUGCUAUCAUCCGUCGGGAUCCAGCGGCAACUAUAUACCAAAUGCGACGGGGGCUCAGAACACUGCCCAAGGUCUGCGGGGACAGGCGGCGCCGCAACCCUCUGCCCCGCCAGCCCCACAACCGGACAUGUCUAAGACCACCAUGGCUGGACCAACAUUCAUUUCGCCACAGAACCAGCAGCCUGGUCGGCCGCAACUGGUCAACUACCAGUACCGGGCCCCACAACACGGAAACAGGCCCGCCUCCCAUCCGAGACAACAGCAGCCAUAUUUGAGCGGUGCGGGCGCGUCCGCCGCAGGGCCGGUGAUGUUCCACCAUCCGGCACUGGUCUUCCAACCCCCUCACAUGGGGUUGCAACAGACCUACCAGCCGCAGCGCUCUACGACACCCGGGUACUUCCCGUACAUACAUCCAUCACAAUAUAUUUAUCCUUCGGCACAAAGUCCGGGGCCACCGUACUAUUACGCGAACGGGCAGCAAUUGCCCGGCGGGACGGUUGGCAACAAUCCCGGUAGGUCAAACCCAGGCGGGAUGGUACCGCAACAAGUGACCGCGCCCGCAACUCCCGCCACACCAAUAUCACACCCAACCCAACCACACAUACAUCCAAACAUAUCCGGCCACCGUCAAGCGCCGGCUACUAGACCAUCCAAGAGAUUGGCCAUAAUAGAUCCUGAUACAAAUCAAGAUAUUCUUGUAGAGCUGUCGCUAAGCGAAAGCCAAAGCCAAAGGAAUGAUGGAGAAAAAAGUGAAAGGCAAACUCCUCAGCCAGACCACAACAAGCCUAGCGUCGCCGAGGAGUUCACGAGAAUGGUGAACGAAGUCGCCAACCAGCCCAGUACUUGUGACAGUGCUAAUAAAUGGAACUAUACUAAAAGUAACGAAGUGCCUGCCCCAACGCCCGCCCCGACCCAACCUCAAAACGCAAUUACAAUGAGUAACAUAGUGAAGUCUGAUUUAGUUAACGCUAACGAAACAAAAAUGGGACCUGAAACUAACGAAACAAUCGAAACGCCAAUAGUAUCAGCUAUAUCCGAUAGUCCCGUCGUAGUGCCUAAGAUGUCUAACGUUAAACACCAGAAGAUAGAGCCGGUGGUAGAGAGUAAGAGCGCUGGGAAACAGAAGAAGAAGCCGUUUGUGCCUCAGGAGGAGCCUCAACAGCCGCUCGUGGCCGCCAGCGAGCCGUUCGUCCCGCACGCCCAAGUCGCGCCGUCGUUCGAGAGCGCCCAGUCGUCCUCGUCUCUUCUCCUGAACUGCGCUCCCCAGCCGCAGAGAGUUCGAACCGAGCGGCGCGUCAGUCGCGACAAGACGCACGACGACAAGAGUGGGCUCAAGGAGGCCGAGGACAAGCCCAACGGCCCCACGUCGGUUGAGAUUAGUUCAGUUGAUAGUAUAACGGAGACUAUCAAUACGCCAACUAGUCCAGUCAAUCAAACAUUAGAAAGUACUAAAGUGGUGAAACCACAAGUAACCGAGACUGAGAAGCCUAAUCUUGAUAAAAAGCCUGAGGUUGUGAUUAAAGAGCCCACAUUCCCCACUAAGCAACUGCCCACUGCCACUGAACUGUUGUCAGCUAGUAUCGAAAAGGUUGCGAAGGAGCAACCCGCCCCGCCAGAAAUUAAUGUUAAGAAGGAGGAGUCCACUGCGAUACAAGCUCAAGCUAAACUUGCUCACAGCAUAGCCAACGUGACUCGUAACCAUUCAGAGCCUAAGAUGAAAGAUAUUAAUCUAAACAAUAAGCCUGCAGAUUCUGAUACAGCAAAUGGAAACACAACUGUUGAGACUGUGAAGGAAGAAGCUAACAAAAAUGAGAAAGCUGUGAAAAACGCCAAGAAUCACAAUAAGAAGUCUAACAAAAUGGCUAACAAUGAAGUAAAGGAAGCUAAAGCCGAAUCAUAUGAAAAUGGAAAAGAUGAGACUGAUAAAAUAAGUAAACCAGAACAAGAGAAUGUUCCCCCGAAGGAAGAAUCCUCUGAGGAACCUACUGAGAAACCAGCAGCAAGCGAAAAGCCUGCUGCUUUUGUACCUAAAUACAAUUAUUCAGAGGACCAAUGGUCCCCACUCAAUAAGGCUGGAAAGAAACACUAUGAUAUUAAUUUACUAAUGCAAAUUAAGGAUGAUCCACUAUGUAAAAAUAAACCGAAUGUACCAUUGCUCGAAGCAUGUAAUGUUAUGAGAACAACACCCAUACAAGAAAAUAAUAUGAUAUUUAGUCCUAUUACUAGGCCUUUGAAUGAUGCCUUCUACCCUAACUUCUUGAAGGUUUCUGGUUUAGCACCAAGGAAUAAUGUCAUGAAAGAGCCCAAGAAGGAUGGAAGGAGUAUGGCUCAAGGUGGUAAGGGCAGUGCUAAGCUUACUCCCUCAGGUGGUGGCGGUCAUAAGCCAGUGAUCCAUGUGUCGUUAUCACUAAGGGAAGAGGUUAAGCUCAACCAGACCAAAGAUGCCUGGCGGCCUGCUCGGUUUAAGAAAGAGAGUCUGACAGAGGAAGAGGCCAAGACCCAGGAGGUCUACAAGAAGUUCAGAGGUAUUCUGAACAAGCUCACUCCCCAGAAAUUCGACACCCUACUGGAGAAGGUUAAGGCUUUGGAGAUCAACACCAAGAGUCGUCUCGAGGGUGUUAUUGAUUUGAUAUUUGAGAAGGCCAUCGAUGAGCCCAACUUCUCUGAGGCCUAUGCUGCUAUGUGCAACAAAUUGUCUACAAUAAAGGUGCCGGCAAAUAACAGCACUUCACCUGAUCAGUUUGUGAACUUCCGUAUACUCAUCAUCAAUAGGUGCCAAAACCAAUUCCAAAACGUAAAAGUAGACGAGAAUGUACAGAGACUCGAGAAGGAAGUUGCAGAGUGCACUGACCCAGCAAAGAAGAAGGAAUUGCAAUUGCAACUCGAUGAAGAAAACAGGCGCAUCAGAAUGAGGUCCGUCGGAAACGUGCGAUUUAUUGGUGAACUUUACAAGCUGAAGAUGUUGACCGCUAAGAUCAUGGUGUUCUGUAUGAAUCAUCUGAUCGACAAGCUUGAGGAGGAGAAACUGGAGUGUCUCUGCAAGCUGCUGACAACCAUCGGUCAACAAGUGGAAAGCGAGGUGAAGGAGCCACUGGAAGCCGUGUUCAAAAAGAUGCAGGAGAUCGUCGAACGAAAGUCGGACAGGAUCAGCAGCAGAGUGCGCUUCAUGCUCCAAGACGUCAUCGAGCUGAAGAGAAGGAAGUGGGUUACCAAGAAUGUGGUGGACUCGCAGCCCAAGAUGAUGGACCAGAUCCAAAAGGAAGCCGAGCAGCAGCAGCGAACCAUUGAGCUGAUGAACUCGUCACCAAUGGGAUUCCGUCGCGAAGAGGGCGGUCGCAACAAGAGGGGUGAGGGGCGCAGGCAGCCGUUCAACGACGCGUGGAAGCCAACUCGCACCAGCUACACCGUCGACACCAAUAAGCUGAAGGCUGUCACCCAGAAGAGUAAUAUGAACACCAUCAAACUGGCACCUCACAACUCCUGGAUCCAGGGAUCUGGCACAAAGAACACCCCGCAGGCCAGCAGCGCGUCCAUGAUUAGUCUUACUAAGAACAACAUGUACAGUAUGUUGGAACACUCUCAGACUGACCCGUCGACGCUACGAACGACCAAGGAUUUGCCACCAAGUUAUCAUCAUUCAAAAUCGAUAGAAAGAUCAACCUUUAACUCGAGGGGUGAUUUUAAUAACGGCAGUGGAAGUCGGCCGAGCUCGACCGCCGCUACGAGAUCCAACUCGGGCAGCAGGAGCCUGAGCGCUGCCACCCCACCGGCCGCGGAGGCACCACCCACCAACGUCCCUCAGGAACCUCUGCCCGAGAACAAGAUCAAAUCCAUCAACAUGACUGUCAUGGAACACCUCGACAAUCCCAGUCAAAACGAUGAAGCGAUACAGGACAUACAGGAGCUGCCACCACAGUACCACGCUAGUAUUGUCACUGAAAUAUUGAAUGUGGCCAUCGAGAAGUCAUCGAAGGAGGCGGAAAUAAUUAUAAAAUUACUCACAGACAUAGUAUCCAAAAACGUUAUAUCAAUAGAGAACUUCCUAACGGGUGUGAAAGAAAUAGUAUCCGUUGCGCCCGACCUCUACAUAGAUAUUCCAAUGUUGUACGAAUAUUUAGGAAAAUUAAUUGCGCCGCAAAUAGAGAAGAAGCAUAUAACGUUCGAGCAGGCGCUUAGCAUUUGUGAAAAAGUAAUUCAAGCCGAGCACGGCCAUCUAAUACUGAGGGUUAUAAUAAGAGAACUAAAAGAUAGCAUGGGACCAACCUUCGUUAAAACAAAAUGGAGUGAGUCUGGUCUCAAACUAAGUCAAUGGAUGAGUGAUGAACAGGUGCCAAAAUGGAUUGAAGAAAAUAAGUUCGAGUUUUUGGAAGGUGGUGCUACCACUGAUGACACGUCAAAGAUCCUCUCCCCCACAAUGACACAAACUAAGCUGUUACAGCUUAUGAAUUCCGAAGAGUCCUGUGAAACAAUACAAGGGUGGAUUAAGGAUAAUCUAGGUGCAGCAUCUAGUGAGGACUGGUUCCUAAGAGCCCUGAGUCAAACGAUAUGCGAAUAUGCACUCUACGGCUCAGACAAUAGAGACGUGCCGCACUUUAGUCUCGAGAGAAUGAACAAAUAUUCUCCACUGAUUAUAAACGAGCUUAGCGAAUCCAAAGUUGAGCGCGAAACUAGUUGUCUCUUUGGAAUUCAACAAUUAAUACAUAGGUUGGAACAUCCUCAAGGAUUAACAUUAGAAAUAUUCCAAUUUUUACAUGAACAAUAUAUAAUAUCGGUAGAAGGUUUUAUUGCGUGGGAAGAAUCAGAAAAAGAACCAGAGGGCAAAGCGGUAAUGCUGAAGGCGCUGACGUCGUUCUUUACGAGUAUCAAGGAGGCCGACAACGAGGACUCGUGCGGCGAGGACUGACCCCCGGCGUCCGCACCAGACAUCAACGUCUUCUAUAUUUUUAUAUAUUAGAUACACCCUACACGAAACCCAUAGAUUAUAUAUCUCAACGCUUAACCAACGGAAGCUAGAAAAAAACUUGUAUAUUAUUUGUUAUACCGAUAGCUGUUCGACGAGGUCCCAAAAUUGUUUUGAUCGCUUCGAAAAUGCAGAGUAAAGCGUAGACGUAACUGAUGUUUUUUAUAGCAUUUUUUACAACGAUAUACCGAUCGGCACAUCGUUUGCAAUAUCUUGAUUCAGCGCAGAUACGUUGGUUGUUAUAUACAUUAUAUACAAUAGUUGACAGCGUCCCGUUUACGAAGCGAAUGUUUUAUAUUUUAUAAAAGAGUAAAGGGGCGUUACGUAAGUGUCUUAACCUCGCCUCGGCUUCACAGUAUCGUUAUAUUACUGCAUCGAGAUAUUGGAUAUUCACCGUUCGAGCGCCGUCGAGGGGAUUGUAUAGAAUGAGUGACGUAUGUCAACGCUUGCGACUGUAGAUAAGCUAUAUUUACACGGCGGGGUCGUCCCGGUGGGAAGCUGUAUAUUUAUGCUCAUUGGUUUUACGUCGUACGGCGGUAUCUAAUAUUUAAGAAGUAAUAAAUAUUUAAGUUGUAAUUUAUUUUGAUAUAUAGAUAAAUUUAUUGUGGAAAUAAUAAAAUACGAAAGUUUUUUUCUAUGGUCGAGCCAUAUUUUAACAAUAUAGCCAUGCUGGACAGGAUUCAUGAUGAGAUAUCGAAUUGUUAUAAAUAGCACGCGCCGGGUUCCACCCUCGCCGCCCACGCGCGCCUCACCAUUGAUGUUCAAAACAAAACUCACAUAUUUAUUCUUAAUACAGCGAUUAUUCGGAAAAGAUACUUUUGUAUCGACCCAUCCAUAGCAAUAGGUAACGAACGAUUUUGUUGAAAGCAAUAUAUCGGUGAAAAUACGGGCCUAAUCGACACACUGGCGCUGUUUAAAGCGUUAGAUUAGGUUUUGUUAUAUAGUUUAUGACAAUCGGAACCCUAGGAAAUGUAUUCAGUAAUUUACAUAACAUGUAGAAGUCUAUGGGGAGUGAAGGGAUUUUUUUUAAAUAUGUAUACAAAAAUAAUAUACUAUAUUUUAGCAUGUACACACCGUCUUAGUGAUUCGCGGCUAGGCGUUCGAUUGUUGUACGCAUCCAUACGAGAGAUGUUGUUAUAACGCCUAUACUAUAAUAUAUUACAUUGUAUUAAUUUUUAUAGAUAUAGACAGCUAUUUUUUUUGUACUGAAUAAAGGGACUUAAAAUGUAAAAAAAAAUAUAUACAACGUUAAAACUACGUUCUCUGUGGAGAUUUUAAGUGAUCGAAAUAAAAAUAUAUAUUUUAGCUUAAUAAAAAAAAUUCAAGUACGGUAUCAUUUAAAUACUUUAUUAAUUCGUGAAAGCUUCUGAAGAAUGUACGUCCAAAAUGUCACGUCUCCAUCAUGAUAUCACUCAGCGCUUCCCGUCAAUAUCGCGCCAAUAUCGGUUUGCUAACCUGAGAAUAUCGAAUCGGCUUUUGAUUAUGAAUUCCAUUUAAUUUGUUUAAUUAUUAUUAUCAGUUGUUAUUAAUGCAGCGACUCGAUAUCGCACAUAUCUAGUAGUAGAUCAUUAUCUUUUUAAUUAUUUUUUAUAGUUUUAUGAAUAUAUUUUAUUGUAAUGUAUCAGUUAGCUGUAACCCUGUCUCAAACGCGGGGCGCGAGACGCCCAACCACGCGAGAACUGCGCUACUGAGUUACUUUUUUGUUUUUCGAUAGAUAAUCUUGUCACUUAUUAUGUAUGUUAUGUAAAUAAACUUUAUAUGAAAA